UCAAAAACAUAAACAAUACAGCAUUUAAAAACUUUUUUAUUUAUUUAAUUAUUAAUUCAGUGUUCUGUCAAACUUAGCAAAAUCUAACGAUGAUGGCAUAUUUAAAAAAAGUUUGCCUUUCAGCUGAAAUAUAUGCUGUGUGUCUUAGUCAUGCUUUAAGCACCGAAAAAGAAGAAGUUAUGGGUUUAUUAAUAGGAAAGGUAGACGAAGAAACACACACAUCAUAUAUAACAGCAUGCCGUAUAUUAGCACGCAGUGAUAAACAACCAGAUCGCGUUGAAAUAUCUCCCGAACAAUUGAUGGAAGCUGUAACCUACGCCGAAGAAGUAUCAAAGCAAUUGAACGAUAAUUUACGUGUUUUAGGAUGGUAUCAUUCACAUCCGCAUAUAACCGUGUCACCUUCUCAUGUCGAUUUAAAAACACAAGCGAUGUAUCAAAAUAUGGAUAAACAUUUUGUUGGAAUUAUAUUUUCUGUAUUUUCAUCGUCCACAUCGAAUCGUUCGAAAUGUAAUGAUAUACAGGUGACAUGUUUUCAAACAAAUACACGCUUAAAUAAUCAAUUUUCACGAUUGGAAAUAUGUUUGGAAAUUAUACCAACGUCAUCGAUUGAUGCAUGCUCGGUAGCAUUACAGUCGUUAGCUACAUUACCAGAAAUUUUAAGUAAGGAGGAGCAAGAAAUUCGUUCGAAUGAAAGUACACAAUUUGAUGAGUUAACGAAGUUGCAUAAUAAUGCGUUACAAACGUUACAGUUUGUUAAUAUUACUGAUAAGGUGUCACGGCCAUUAGUUGAUCACUUAGAAAAUGAAAUUCGUACAUUAACACAGCAAAUUAAAUUAUUGAAACAAGAACGAGAUUGACCUUAAUAGGAAUUCGAAGAUUGUUAAUAACGCCAUUGUUACCGUCAUUGGUCGAACGAAUUUGAUUUAUUAAA